UUUUUUUUUGUUUUAGGGUUUGGGUAAAGCUUAAUCCUCUGUUCCUUCUAUUGAAUAUUUUCACUGACGCUGAAAUUCAUUACAAGAUGCCGAAGAAGAUGGGUGUAAACAGCAAAGCCGAGGCAGCGCGUGAGCGCAAGAGCGCCGUCGAAUCUGAACGCAAAGAUCGGGAAGCCCGGGAGAAAGAAGAGCAAUACUGGCGAGAAGCCGAGGGUUCUAAAUCUAGGGCGGCCAAGAAACGCGAGGAAGAAGCCGAGAAACGGGUUGAAGCCGCCGCUCGCCGGGCUGAGGCUCGCCGUCAGGCCGAGAUGGAGGAGAAGGAGAUCGAAAAAGCUUUGAAGAAACCAGAUAAGAAGGCGAAUCGUGUGGCGAUUCCGGUGCCGAAGGUGACGGAAGCGGAGCUACAGAAGCGGAGAGAGGAGCAGCAGGCGGAGAUGGCGAAGAAAGCGGAGGAGACGAAGAAGAAGCAGAAUAGGACUGCGGCGGAGGAAGAGUAUGAGAGGAUGGUGUUGGUGACAAACACGAAUAGGGAUGAUUCGUUGGUUGAAGCAAGGAGCGUGGAAGAGGCAAUUGCGCAGAUGUCUGUGGCGGACAACCUACCAACGGAUCGCCACCCAGAGAAACGGCUUAAGGCUUCCUUCAAGGCAUUUGAAGAAGCUGAGUUUCCCAGGCUUAAAGAAGAGAAGCCGGGUCUUACUCACACUCAAUACAAGGAUAUGAUAUGGAAACUUUGGAAGAAAUCUCCUGAUAAUCCACUAAACCAGGUUGCCGAGUGAUCACUUCAAAAAUUUUCUCAGGCUAGAAUAGCAGGCGUGUUCUUUGUUUAUAAACUUAUGGGGUUUCUGGCCUUCUAUAUAUUCAAUGUUUGCUUUGUGCAUAAAACUGAAUGAAACGCUAGUGAUCAAAUAAUGCUUGCUACUUGUUAUUACUGUUCAGGAUCUUACAUCUGCUGUUUAGUUAGUUUAACUAUGAUUGGUGCCCAA